AGAGAUCAGUAUCUGAACUGCAGGGGAAGGGAGGGAGCCGAUCGUGGUGCCUGCUCGCAGCCUGCUGCAGUACUUGUAGGACUUUAUUUUCAUUAGACGGGACUUGGUGUGUGUGUGAGAGGUUUCACCUCCUCUCUCUGUGACUAUUGUUUGUGUUUGUUACGAAUGAAUUUUGAUGGUCAGCAUGGACAAACCUCCCAACUGAGAGUCAACUGGUUGCUUGAAAGAGCUUUUGUGGUGUUUCCUGCCUCUGGUGCUCGUGGGUUAACUUCGCUUCCACGCCUGGUUUAUUUUCCCCUGUUGGUUUGAUUGUCGGCCGUGUCCCCGAUUGUUUCCACCCGUGUCCAAUCACCUGCACCUUUCCAGUGUAUUUAAACCAGGUUGAAGAAAGAAAGGACAAUCCUCAAGCUGGUGCUGUCUGUCCAUCUCUGAGUCAUCUGAAAUUAAUUACCCCACACCAGCUGAACACCAUGAAUACCUCCGUCCCGCCAUUUGCCAACAACACCCCAUUCUGCUACUCCAUAAACAGCCCUCCGUUCUCGUACCAACCCAGCAUCGCGUCGGCCUACUUCUCAGCCAUCUUCACCACUUUGGGUGUCACCUCCAAUCUCAUCGCUUUCGUGGUGCUCGUCAAGUCCUUCCGCCGGACAAACAGCCGCUCGCGCUCCUUCCUGAUCUUCCUGGGCAGCCUGGUGGUCACCGACACCAUGGGUCUUCUGGUUACCGGCUCCAUAGUGAUCUCCUUCCAUGUUACGCACUUCAAUUGGCGCCAGCUAGAUCCGAAAUGCCACUUCUGCAACUUCAUGGGCAUAUCCAUGGUCUUCUAUGGACUGUGUCCACUGCUGCUUGGUGCCGCCAUGGCCACUGAGCGCUUCAUGGGCAUCAACCGUCCCUUCGCGCGCUCCACCAAGAUACCCAAGAGCCGGACAGUCUGCAUGGUGUCGAUGGUGUGGUUGAUCGCCGGCUCUAUAGCUUUGCUGCCCUUGACAGGCUUUGGAAGCUACCACAUGCAGAUGCCUGGCUCCUGGUGUUUUUUCAACAUCAGCUCAAAGGGAAAUGACCUGGCCUUCUCCCUGCUCUUCUCGCUGGUCGGGUUGAUGUCCAUUUCCGUGUCCUUUUUGCUGAACACGGUCAGCGUUGUGACCCUGAUCAAGGUGUGCUGCGGACAAGACAGGACCCAGCGCAGCCGAGAGCACGAAGUAGAGAUGAUGGUUCAGCUCAUCCUCAUCAUGGUCAUUGCUUCCAUCUGCUGGUGCCCCCUCUUGGUCUUUAUUGCACAAACCGUGCUGUCUGGCGGACCCCUCGAGACCAAACUCCUACUGCUAUGGCUACGAUUUGCCAGCUUCAACCAGAUCCUGGAUCCAUGGGUGUACAUCCUAUUUCGAAGGGCAGUCCUCAAGAGAAUCUACCCCCGCUUCAACUGGUCUCGCAGAUCCAUCAUGACCAUGUACCCGUCUUUCAGCGAUACUCUCCGGAGGCUCACGCGUUCUUCCCUUGGGAGCACCCCGGAACCAAAUGAAGCAGCAGAGGCCCAAAAAUAAAAUGUAACACCCCCAUCUACAUUGAAGCAACCACCUCCUUCUCCUUUAUGAUUGUUUGGAUUUCGGUCGUGGCAUCAGAUGGAGCGCCAUCAUUGGUGUUGCCUCUAAAAGCUUUGGUUCGUGUUGCCAGCGUGAGAAACGAGGUUAAACCAAUGAUCUGAAUUAAUUGAAUCUUUUAUUUGAAUCGUUAUUUUUGUUGAAGGUCAUUGAAAUAUUACUAACAACACUCUAAUAUUGAGCAAAGUAUAAGAGAAGCAGCUAAAAUACAUCUUUGCAAACUGCUUUAUACUCUUUUUUUUUACUGUGAGUCUGUUGCCUGAAUCAAUUUAUUCACAUAAACAAGCCUAACUAAAUGAAAUCACUUAUUGCCGUUUUUUUUUUUAUUGUCACCAGGAGGAUCAUCAGAGUCGGUCAUUUUUUAAGAGCUUUUCUUUCCUGUUCUUCACCCCCUUUCACUGCUUUCUGACUCCUCACACACUAAACCUCCUGGCCGGUAGUGAUAACGCCGUUGAGUUCGUCACCAACGGCUCCAUCUGCUUUCCUGUGUUAAGAAACAAAGUGUGGGAAUUCAGUUUGCUCCCUUUUAGUGGUUGUUGGAGAGUGGGCUCAGCUUACAGCUAAUGGAACUGCUGCGUUACUCUCCGCCGCGCCAGGGACACGGAGGGGGGAGAAAAUAGGCUCCCAUGCGCUGUUUUGGAUUUAACUGCUCACAGAACUACCAGGCAAGUCAAUGCAACUCAGGCAGCACUAAGCGGACAACUCGAUGACUUUCUUUUUCAUUAAGAUUGUAUGGGGUCUAACAUCUUUGAUUGGUCCUACUUGAGUGCAAUUUCUAUCUUUUUUUAAUCUUUCUUCUUUUCCUUACGUCUUUUAUCAUUUAGAAAAACAAAUAAAUGGCAUUUGAAAAAACAAUUUUAGCAGAACAGAGGGCAAAUCCACAGUUAUUUCUUAUGGGUCAAACUUGUUGUUAACUGAUAGUAUAUAGUCCCAGUAAACCAACACAUGUAUGUGUUGUACAAGUGCACAUACAUUUUCUAAAAGUAAUUGAAAAGGGAUCUACAUGCACAGACGUUUAUACAGGAACUGCUACGUCAACAGUUUACUCAUGUUUUAAACAACUUAAUAAAGAGGGUGGGGUCAUUGUUUUAAAGUAAUUCUGUUAGACUAUCUUACACUCAUGUGCUCAGAUGCUCCUGCGUGUCCCAUGAGUCACGGUAAGAGUCAUUUAAAUGGGUGUCCAGGCUCAUGAAAGUACUAUUCAUGUAUUAUUUAUUUAUUUUGGAAUGCAUGAUACAUAAUAUAAUCGUUUACAGCGGCUGAGGGGAAAGAUCAUUUUUUUAAAUAAAAUAUAUGUUAAAAGUUAAAGCCAUCCAAACACUUUACAUUUAAACUGUUUACGCAAUACGCAACAAUUCAUAUUCUGUGUAAAAUUAUAUGUAUAAUGAAUGUAAAUCCAACCAAACUGUCCAUCCCUAUGUAACAGAUUAUAUUUUUUCUCAGACACUAAAAAAGUUCCUGUGUCAUUAAUUUCCUCAACUUAAACAAUGCGAUCAAAAAUCUAAUACCCUUAAAAUCAGAUGUUUUGUUGCAUGAAAGGUCAUGUAUACAAAAUAUCUGCUAAAUAGAAACCUUUUGGCGCGUAUUAUUCAGUAUUUCUGAUAUAAAUUAGAGAUUAAAGGUUUUCUUUUUUUUAAAUGUUAAAAUUUUUAAAUGAAAGAUGAUUUUGUUCGUAUUAUCGUCCAGUGUUUGAUAAAACAAUACGAUCACUUGAGUAAUACGAUUGCUAUAUUGAUUCUGUUUCUUUUUUGAGUUAUGUGUACCGAACCUUUAAAAACAAGUCAAUUAUUUUACUUUGAAUCAAAUCAAAAGGAUUUCCAUCUGGAGAAAGUCAAAUUUAUAUAUAUUAUAUAUAUCUGAUAUGUGUUCCUAUCUUAGUUUUGAAUUAGAUUACUAUCUACUUUUCUUAACAGUAUGUUUAUAACAGCUUUUCUUACUUUUUACCUCUCUUCCGGGCCUCACUGAAGUGCUCUUGAAACCUCUUCAGAUGUUUAACUAAAAUGUCAAGUAGCGUCAACUGUAAGAGUUUUUAUGACAACACUAAACAGGGGAGGGGGAUUAUUUAUUUGUUGCAUAAUCCAUUCAAGCAGAAUAUUCUGAUGUGUAAUGACAAUAUUAUAGCAAUAAUACAGUAAAAAUAAUCAAGCUUAUACGGUCAUGUUUUGCUCUAAUUGAUAAUCCAGUUGUUUAUGUUGAUCCUUUUUGAACAUUACAUUAUCACUCAGUUAGCUGAAUAUCUUAAAUUGAUCAAUAAAUUGUGUCUUGCUUUAACCACGUAGCCGUUUAAUCCGGUAAAGGGUAUAAACAUUGAACGUGCUUCACAGAAUGUGGUUGUAAAUAUAAAUAAAGGCUUGAAAUCCCA